AGGCCUACUUCGGUCUGGUCAAAUGGUCGACGUGAUCACAGCCCAAAGACAACAUUGUUCCUUUCUCCCAAUGCGCCGGCUGCAGACGUUGUCCUCGUGAACACCUCAGCUCGCCUCGGCCAACACUCUUCGGGCAUUCCCCACAUCCCAUUUGUCCUACCGACCUCCUCCCUCUUCCGACAGCAUUGGCAUAGACUUUGUGAGAGCCGAGAGGAGAAUGAAGAGUCGUCCCGAUGCCGGUUGAGGCCAGGCUGCGGUUGCCGCGCAUGUAGCCGGCCAUCUGUGAAACCAGCUGUUCAGACCGAAAUGCUGUCGCGGUUUCAGGACCAGCUGACCGGUGACCACGCGGAACCGAGUCGCCUGGCGACGGGAAUUGCGGCCGGCGUGAUGACGGUCUUCCUGGUGCCCGGGAUCGCGGGCAAUCUGUGGAUCAUCUGGUUGGUGAUCCGUCGAGCCCGGCUACGAGCCAACCUGAUCAACGCGUUUAUCGCAAGUCUCUGCCUCAACGACGCCAUCAACUUGAGCCUGGCGCAAACGCUCGUGCUGGCCAGCUACGUGCGUCACGGUUGGACGUUGGGUCGGUUCAUCUGCGCUCUGGUGCCUGAGCUCAACAUGGUCUUGGUUGGUGUGUCGCUCUGGCAUCAUGCCCUCAUCGCUCUGCAUCGUUACCUGGUGGUUGUCAAGUGGCUUUUCUACCGACACAUGAACAAGACGCGCUACAGUGUACUCGUUAUCGUCGGCAGUCGAGCUGUGCCCCUCCUCCUCAGCUGCAUAUUCCUCGUCGUCGCCGUGGCCAAUUCACAUGAUGCUCCGGACGUAAGUUCGUCAUCGCCGUCGCCGUCGCCGUCGCCGUCGUCCACUUCGCCGUCUUCACCACCUCCUUCGCCGUCACCGUCGUCGUCGUCGUCGUCGUCAUCAGCAUCGUCUUCGCCGUCGGCGUCGGGCUUACGCAUCCUCGCCGUUCUCUUGACAACUCUCAUAUUGCCCUGCCUCAUGGUGCUGAUCGCCUUCAGUCUCGUCUUCUGGCACGUGCGCAGCAACGCGGUCGACUGGGCCAAACGGUAUCCCCGCCAGAUGCAGCCUCGAGACCAGAUCACUGAUCGCAGGCUGUUGCCACCGCCACCGUCGCCGUCGCCGUCGCCGUCACUGCCGUUGUCCUCCUCCCCCACACACCUGCCCAGCCAGACUCGGACUCGGGAGGGCUUCGGUCCGUCCGACGCCGGACAGCAUCGACUCGUCGUACCUACUUCCGGCCCCGUAGACAGUGACAGCAACCACAGCCUCCGUCGUGAACGUCGGUACGACAAGGACGGCAACGGCAACGGCAACGACAACGGCAACGGCAACGGCGACCGGUUUUCUCGCACAGGUCGGCCGUUGUCCAAGGUUUCUGUCUGUCUGGAGGGCGCGUCAGACCGGCCGAAACAGGCCUCGACGGCCUCGGCCGUCACCAACCAUCAUCCCUCGGACAAGCGUCGACUUGCCCGUGAGCUCACCAUCACCGUCAUGUUUGGCGUCGUUUUCCUUCUCUUUCUCGCCGGCUACGUGCCUUACGGCAUUGUGCGCAUGUUCGACUCUGGGCCCAGUCAUGAAGCGCGUCCGACGCUCGACGCCGAGUCGGCCGAAGGCCAGCCGCGUCCUGUGGACCCGACGCAGGCGAGACGAGUCCCUCCGGACGUCUAUGUCCUCCUCACGAUGUUGUAUGCCGUCGCCUCGUGCUGCAACCCACUCAUCUUCGGCCUCAUCAACAGGGACAUUCGCAAAGAGGCCAGCCUCUACCUGUCCCGCAGGCGUCAGCCACCGGACGUCAGGGCUCCCGGACAUGAGGACGAAUAG